AAAUAUUUUGAGAUGCUCAAUAAAACAAGUUCUUUUGAUUAAUAAACAUUUAAUUAUGGAGUUGCCUAAGAAAAUAAACUCUAUAUUUAAAGUAUAAAAAUGAAAGAUGAUGAAUCAGAAUGGUUAUAAGGAAACAAUUGUAUAAUCUGUGAAUUACCUUUUUCUAAAUGUGGAAAAGCACAUCAUUGGUAUUUAUCUGUUAAAUUUUAAAGUAGAGUUUGUGGAAACCCUGUAUGUAAGACUUGUUCUAAUAAACUAAUAAAUGAUAAAAGAUCAUGUGAUUUAUGUUUUAAAAGAAUUUAAAUGGUAGAUUAAGAAAAGUUAAAGAAAUAAUAAAUAAAAACGAAGAAGGAAGCUAUAAAAGAAUUAAAGAUUUAAAUUUAAAAACAAUAAGAAAAAAAUGAUUCAAUGAAAGAAUAAAUAAAGGAACUCUAAAACUAAUUUGAAAGAUAAGAGUCUGAACAUAUAUCUCAAGAAAGAAGUUUAUAAGAUUAAUUUGAUUAGAAAAUUAAUACAAUUAGAUAAUAGAUAGAGAAUAAUAAAAGACUGGAAUAAAAUAUAUAAGGAGAAUAAACAUAAUUAGAAAAACUAGAAUAUGAAAUUUCUGAUUUCAGUAAUUAGAUUGAGAAAAAAAGAUUUACAAUAAAAUUAGGAAAAGAAUAAAACGUAAAAUAAAAUGAGAAUCUUUAAAAAUAAGAGAAGAAUUAAUAGGAUCUGUAAUUAAAUGUAAUUAUAUGUAUUAAUAGUUAGUAUGAUAAAAAAAAAUAGGAAUUAAUAGAGUAAUAAGAAAAAUAAGUAAAACCUGAAAGUCAAAUAUCAACAAAUUAAUCAAAAUAAGAAGAUUUAGAAGAUAAGAGUACAUAAUUUAAAAACAAGAAAGAAAAACAUAAAGAAAAUUGUAUUAUAUAUUGA